AUGAGCGUCACCGGAAGUAGUAUGGACGAUGGUGUCUCACGACAUGAUUCCUUCAUGAAACAGAGAUAGUCGACGUCUGACUUACUUUAUUCUUCGCAUUUUUAUACUAUAUAUCUAGAUCUACUGCUUAUUUGGAAAUGGAAAGCAUAGGCGAUCCUAGCUCAGAUAACUCCCUAUCUGAUGCAUUCAUCAAGAACCUCUUGCUGAACUCUAAUAAUCAGAAUGAUGGACUGGAUAACCAAAUGAAGCAGACAAAGACUUCAGAUGGAGUGCCAUUUAUUGCCAUCACUCCUGUUCCAGGUAUGUGUUUGAAAACAAGGACUGUUGCGGGAGAGAAAGUGUUCAUUAAUGUUUGCCACUCGGAAAACGUACCGGAACCCAAAGAUCUAACAGACGAUGAACUUCUGCAAGUUCUUGACUCUGAAGAUCCUACACAGUUUAGGAUUCCAAUGAGCAUUGGCGAGCCUCAUGCUGAGAUUGAUAAAAGUGGUGGUGGGUGCACAGCAUAUGAUGUGAUUGUGCAUCCUAAAUUCAUGAAGAAGAUUGAGAAAAGUGAACUUUUUAAAACCUUCUUCCUGACCAUUAUGUGUGAGGGAAUUGAGGGAAAGUAUGAUAUUCAACUGAAACGAGACUGGGUAUUCUUAAAAAAUCGCAGAAGUGUUGGAACACUGUUGGAGCAGCAUAUAAGAACUAAGUCAAAGCCGGUGAUAAUGGAAAUGUCUGGAGAGGAAGGGGAUCAGCUGCCUGAGAUCCAGCCAGAAAAGAGAAAUUUAGUCGAGGAAUUGCAUCAUCAUGAGGAGACGCUGAUGAAAACGGCUCCAGAACCCAAGUUUACUAUCCUUCAGGAGCCUGCAGAGGGUCAUCCUGAGUUUCUUGUGGCCGAAAUUCACCUGCCCAAUAUUAAAACUGCCCAGUCGCUCACACUAGACAUUGGUGAGGACCAUUUGGUUUUGACCACCAGGUCUCAUGUCUACCAUCUAGACAUCUUUCUACCCUUCGAUCUGCUAAACGAAGAGAGUGGAGCUCAGUUCGAUAAAAACUCAAAGGUACUUACAGUCACUAUGCCAGUGAAGCCUAUAUCAUGAUGAAAAAAUUUUUGCUUUGCUCAAUGUGAUUCAGUUGUAGUGUUAUGUAUACCUAGAUUCUCAAAGUGAAAGAAAAAAGGUUUUAUCCUAAUGUAGACUUUUGACCUAAAAAGAGCAUGAGAGUGCUCCUGUCUACUUUAUGGAUAGAUCUAUACUUUUUAUAUUGUUUAUUCAUUUAUCAAUAAAAUAAUAAUUUUUUUAGGCUCGGGUGCAACUCUAUUUAACUUUUAUUAUCGGAAUUUAGACUACUGGAACUCUUUAAUAUUUUUGUUCCCACUCGAAACAACGGAAAUGGCCACAGGAAUUUAUUGGUAACGGGUAAAGGGCAUGUUAAAUUUUGACUGUGACUAUUGUUAUAACUUCUUUUCUCUUAUGUUUUAUUGAUUAGGUCCCCCCCCCCCCCCC